AUGCCAACUCUCUACGGAGAGGAGCAUGCGCUCUUACCCCGGGCGACUGGCGAUCUGUGUACAGUUAUCAACCAAGCCACCGCAAUCGUCGGUGGUAAAUUAUUCUACGCCGCAGGUACAUAUACAUUCACAGAUGGCAAUGUCCAGAUCCGUCAGCGUAAACUCUUCUCGAUAGACCUAUCAAACCCUGUCACCGCACAUACAACCAUAAAAUCUAAUAUCUAUAAAUCGAUCGAUACCCCCUCCGGAUUUCCCGUAAACUCCGACGCGGGAAUAGGAAUCUACACAAACACCACAAUAUACUUCUACGACCCUUCGAUAUCAAAUUCCAAAAUCUGGACUUAUAACGCCGAUACGGAAGAGUUUAAGGAAAUAACUGUCGCGGAUGAUCAAAAUGUUCCGGAACAAGUAUAUGCUGGCGGAUGGGCUAGUGAUCCGGCUACGGGGAUGAUGUAUUACACGGGAAGUUAUAGGAAUUCACAAAAGAAAAGAAAAAGGUCGUGGGGUUGGUUGACUGGCGGAAAGGAGGAGGAAAAUGUAUUAGAGAAGAGAGCACCGACGAGACCUUGGAUGCAGAUUUUAGAUGCGAGUGAAGGAGACGAUAAAGUGAAAUGGUUGGAGGGAGCAGGAAGAGGGCCGACUUUGUUAUACGGAACGUUACAGUAUGUCAGAUACGGGAAGAAAGGGAUUCUAGUGGGCUUUGGUGGAGUUGAUCCCGACGACCACAGCCAAUUCGCGGAUCCCAACGUGGGCUCGUACAGAGACAUGCGAGAUAUCUUUGUCUUUGAUAUCGAUUCUCAGCGAUGGUUCACGGUACAAGCGACUGGUGGAAAUGGAAUCAGAGACAUCCCAGAUGGCCGUCUAAGCUUCUGCUCCGGCGUAUCAGCGGCCCCAGACGAUUCAUCCUUCCAAAUCACAAUCUACGGCGGCUACAAACUCUCCAACGUCGCUGCUACAAAUCGCGUCCACGUCCUCAUUCUUCCAACAUUUCAAUGGUUAGAUGUAACACCCAGUGAUCAGCGAUUGGGCGACGACCGAUGGGGUCGACAAACAAAUAAAUGUGCUAUGUGGAAUGACGCACAAAUGAUUGUAUUUGGUGGACAGAUCCAGGGCAACAAUGCAAGAAAUAAUACGCCAGUGAAUACGGGGGCAUGCAAUGCGACGCAUCCGCCGUUGGUAGUGCUUGAUACUACGGUUUUCGAGUGGACCGAUGAGUUCAAUCCGAAUCGGUCUUAUAGUCAGCCGAAGCAAGUUUAUGAGCUGAUUGGUGGAGACUGGCGAGGAUUGGCUGGUAGAAAGGAACCGCCUAAUGGGUUCGACAAUACACUGUUGGAAGAUAUAUUCGCCACGACAGUGCAGAGGAUAGACCAACCUACUGAUUUCUCGGUAACCUCACCAAGUCCCUCGACAUCUACAAGUGCAGGUAGCAAUCCGAAUAACAAUACCGACUCCGAACCAUCCGGUCCCAAUACCGCCGGAAUCGCAGGAGGAGUAGUAGGCGGUGUUUUAGGGAUCGCAUUAAUUGUAGGAUUGAUCUGGUUCUUCUUCAUUCGAAAACGACAACCAGAGGAGGAAGAUAUGCCUAGUAUUCCAUUGGCAACAGGUAUUGCACCGAUUGGAAGGCACCAGAUGAUGAGAUAUGAAAAGCCAGAGUUAGAUGGAAGUCAACAGCCUCUGCAAGCGCAAACCGGGGCUACGGGUAACGGAGAGGCAUUUGACGCACUGAAGCAAAACGCACAGCCUGGGAACGAAAUGGCCAUGGAACUGCCUGGAGAUGAGAGAUUAAGACCAGGCCUUGAGAGGGCGCCGUCGAACGGACGGUCGGUCUAUGAGCUAGAUAGCGGAGAGACGAGGGGUGAGCUGCCGGGAUCACGAUAA